CAGGUCAUUUUUUUUUCUUUCUUCAUUUCUUUUUUGUCGAACUUUGUAAAUCCCAUUGGAUACUUGUUCCUCUCUUCCAUCUUCCGGUGUUCAGACAUUCGGGUGUGCUGUGUUUUUUUCUGCUUUCGUAUGAUGAGUGAUUGAUUACCCUGAAUACCCAGCAGAAGCUAUCAACAAAAGCCACACCAUGUCUGGACCCCUGUCUCCAAAGACAUCUCUAGAAAAGAGUGAUCGGGUUGGUUCCUUGAAGCAGAGGCUGAGGAACUCCCUGACAAAGAGCAGGAGACGCAGCAGCAGCAAGGUCAUGUCGGUUGAAAUCGAGGAUAUCCGCGAUGCCGAGGAGUCCAAAGCUGUUGAUGAGUUCCGUCAGGCUCUUGUCUUGGAAGAGCUUCUCCCUGAGAAGCACGAUGAUUAUCAUAUGUUGCUCAGGUUCCUGAGGGCCAGGAAAUUUGACCUUGAGAAAUCAAAGCAAAUGUGGUCUGACAUGAUUAAUUGGAGGAAGGAAUUCGGUGCUGACACCAUCGUCGAGGAUUUUGAAUUCAAGGAACUCGAUGAAGUGUUGCAAUAUUAUCCUCAAGGACAUCACGGAGUUGAUAAAGAUGGAAGACCAGUGUACAUCGAGAGGUUGGGCCAAGUAGAUGCCACCAAGUUGAUGCAAGUCACAACCAUGGAUCGCUACAUCAAGUACCAUGUCAAGGAGUUUGAGAGAACAUUCGAUGUGAAAUUCGCAGCUUGCUCCAUUGCUGCAAAGAAACACAUCGAUCAAAGCACAACCAUCCUUGAUGUGCAAGGAGUGGGGCUUAAGAACUUCAACAAGCAUGCCAGGGAGCUCAUCAUGGCCCUUCAGAAGAUUGAUGGUGACAACUACCCUGAAACCUUGAACCGCAUGUUCAUCAUCAAUGCAGGUUCUGGAUUCAGAAUGUUGUGGAGCACUGUUAAAUCUUUCCUUGACCCAAAGACCACAUCAAAGAUCCAUGUUCUUGGCAACAAGUAUCAAAGCAAAUUGCUUGAAAUAAUAGAUGAGAGUGAGUUGCCAGAGUUUUUGGGAGGCAGUUGCAACUGUGCUGAAGGCUGCUUGCGCUCUGAUAAGGGCCCUUGGAAGGAUGCAGAAAUAAUGAAGAUGGUUCAAAACGGUGCACACAAAUGCUCAAGGAAAUGUGAGGUUCCUGACAUGGAAGAGAAGACAACUUCUGAGGAACCAGAGACUCCCAAGGAGGCAACUCUCACCGCCCAAUUGUCUGCUGUCAUUGCUGAGGCACCUGCUGCUAAGGCAUACAACUACGAGGACUUUGUCCCCGCUGCUGAAAAAACUGCUUGGAAUAAAAAGGUCGAAGACAAUCAGAAAUUUGCAGUGUCCAAAGCUGGUGGAUCAGACGUUUACGCCAUGGUUGAUUCGUUCAAGAUUCACGAGAAAGUGAACUCCCAAAUUUUCACUGGCGUGAUGGCCUUUGUGAUGGGAAUAUUGACCAUGGUGAGGAUGACGAGGAACAUGCCAAAGAAGCUGACAGAUGCGAACUUCUACUCCAACUUGGGUGGCGAAUACAAGGGGCAGAUCUCAAACUCUGACCAAAUGACCAACCCCGCAAUCUCUGCCCAGGAGUUCAUGACUGUGAUGAAACGCAUGGCUGAGUUGGAAGAGAAGAUGAUCAACAUGAACAACGUCACCAUCUGCAUGCCACCUGAGAAGGAGGAAAUGCUCAAUGCUGCCAUCUCCCGUGCUGAUACUUUGGAGAAUGAACUCUUGGCAACCAAGAAGGCUUUGGAGGAUUCACUUUCUAAGCAAGAGGAGCUCUCGGCUUACAUUGAGAAAAAGAAGAAGAAGAAGAAGUUGUUCAUUUGGUAAGCGAUCAAUUUAACUGGGGUUGAAUUCUACGUUCGACUUUCCGAAGAUUUCCCAAAUGCCAUUUUAUCACAUUAAAUGUUCAAAAAGCUACUAGAUGUACCAAAAAUAUCAUCGUAUAGUAAUCAAGGAUUGGACUUGUUCUCGAUGUAUAUAAAAAUCUAUGCACAAUGUAUGGAAAAGCCAGUCCUAUUUUUGGACGUACAUUACUGAAAUGAAUAUAUACUCUAAUAUGAAAAUA